GAUAAAAAUACUUUCUGCUUUUGUGACAAUCUCCAAAGGCUUCUAAGGCUCUAUAUUCUCGUUUCCGAGGUAUCGAAGUUGACAUCCUUGAUACUUCCUCUACUAACCGCACUCUCCGCUUUAUAGUCACUUUCGGGCCUUCCCCAUCAGUUAGCGUUCUUCCCAACACCCACAGUCUUCAUUCGCUUUUGUAUCAGUCAAAAAUUCUGGCAAAGAUGUUUUCACGAAUUGCAAAAAACCUUGUAGAUCAUGGACACGCCCGGACAGCUCUCACGGUACUAAUAGUCGGCAAAAUCGUCGCGUUGUUCUUCUACCCACCGGGAGCGACUCAAAUGGAUACCGAUAUGCGUUGGGCCACCAAAAUGGUUGUAUUGGAGUCUGAACGCAUGGAUAUAAUCCAAUCCGAAGUUGCCGAUAUCCAAAAUGCGCAUCGUCUCCAGAAACUCCAAAAGCUCAACGGAACACUUAUAGAAGAUGAGAAAGAAGAACUUGAAAGGUUGAACGAGCGAAUAUCAAAUCAAGAGCAACGAUGGUGGCACCAUCUUACUGCUUAUAAUAAUCACCUAUAUCGAAAACACAAGAACUGUUAUAUUAAGGCGUGGGAUGUCAUUCAAUGCAUCCAACCCACUCAGGAGGAAGUCCAGGCGGCAUUUCCCAAUCACUAG